UCGAGGCCCCGAGUGCUUGACCGCGCUUUGAGAGGGCCGGGCCUCAGUUUCCCCACUUCCAGAAGGCGGUGCCAUGCUGUCCUGUUUCGGACUCCUCUCCAGGCACGUCAGCCCUUCGCCGGCGUCUCUGCGCUCCGUGCGCCGCUGCUUCGCGCUCCGGCUGCGUUGGACCCCGGGGCGGCCCUCGGACCCCUGGCCGAUCGCCCCCUGCCGCCCACUGGCCGCAGCCGCCUCUUCCCGCUACCCUACCGGGACCGCCGCCGGCCCCUCUCGGGUGCGCCAGAAUUUCCAUCCUGACUCGGAGGCUGCCAUCAACCGCCAGAUCAACCUCGAGCUCUAUGCGUCCUACGUGUACUUGUCCAUGGCCUAUUACUUCUCCCGGGAUGAUGUGGCCUUGAACAACUUCGCCAGGUAUUUCCUUCACCAGUCCCGGGAGGAGACUGCGCACGCAGAGAAGCUGAUGAGGCUGCAGAACCAGCGAGGGGGCCGGAUCUGCCUGCAGGACAUUAAGAAGCCAGACCAGGACGACUGGGAAAGCGGGCUGCAUGCCAUGGAGUGUGCGCUGCGCUUGGAAAAGAAUGUGAACCAGUCGUUGCUGGAAUUGCACACUCUGGCCUCAGACAAAGGUGACCCCCAUUUGUGCGACUUCCUGGAAACCUAUUACCUGAAUGAGCAGGUGAAGUCUAUCAAAGAACUAGGUGACCACGUGCACAACUUAGUGAAGAUGGGGGCCCCAGAUGCUGGCCUGGCUGAGUACCUUUUUGAUAAACAUACUCUUGGAAAUGAAAACAAGCAGAACUAAGCCAGGGGCUGCCUUCCUCCCAGGUCAAUGGGUAGACCAGAGUCAGAUGUCUCCUGCUGUCUUGUCCUUAAAAUCACUACCAUCUUUAUAUUUCUUUCUGUUAUACUACUCCAAUAAAGUGAUUUUUAGAAAAAAAAAA